AGGGUGCGCUGCUGUUGCAUUUGCAUAAAUAAAAAUAAAUUCUUGUUUUGGAAUUUUUCCUCCGAAAAAGUAAAUUGGAAAUAUCGUGCAAAGGAAUGGGUACGGUGAUUGUGGACACGUAUGAUGAUCUUCAGGAGAAGCUGAAUGAGGCGCGGUCGCGUCUAAAGGGUCUCAAUGACAAUAUAAGGCGUGUUAUUGGUCGCGAUGUCGUCCAGUUCCCACCGAGAGUCGACAGAAAGCGGCCGUACGAGUCAGAAUUCGGGGCAAAAGACAACGUUGUGGUGAAGAGGCGCUUCAAUAAUGACACAAAAUCCGUCUUCAGUCGCCUCUCGGGACCCCCACAUCGUGAUGAUGACGUAGAGGCAAAGCCCAAGGUGUUCUCGCGCGUGAUAAAGGAGCUCCCGACACGCGAAGAGAUUGUUGCGGCUCAGGGACUCGAUGAACAGUCCAAGGCACGCAAUAAACGCAUGUUCGCCGUAAGUCUCCUGGGAACCCUGCAGAAGUUCUGCCAGGAGGAGUCCCGGUUGAAACCGAAGGAAGAGAAGAAGGCACAAAUUGAGAAGCGACUCGAGGAUCAGGCACGUCGUGAGAAGAUUAACAUGGAGAAGGAGCGAAAGAGUUUAUUCAACGAUCGGAAGCAACAGCAGCUGCAGAUUCGUCUUUUAGAGCAGAAAAUGAGUAAGAUGCAGGAGCAAAAGGAUUGGGAGGUGUCUCAGAAGCCCCUUGUGCACUUUAUCAAGACAAAAACCAAGCCACAUCUCUUCUACAAACCCAAGAUUGUGUGCAAGAAGACGGAGAAGAAGCUUGCCGAAAGUAGAGCAGAGAUUGAGAAAACAAUUGAGACAAAGCGAAAUAGCGUGCGGGAAGAGAUUGCCGAUAUGGAGAAGCGCUACAGAGCCGAAGCGUAUCAGCAAGCAGAUGAUCUGCCACAACGAGGGCAGGAAUCAUCGGGACGGGAUGUGGAUUCAGAUGGGGAGCCACACAGCUCCAAUGGGCACACUGAUGAAGAAAUGGAUGGGCAGCAUAGAAGUGCACGGAUGCGGGGACGCCUGGGACCGGCCAAAAAUGACGACGGUGGGCCCCUGAAGACGUUGUUCAAGAAAGAAGACUCCAAGGAUAAUGUGAAAAUGAUCAUUUCCGUGGUGAAUGAUCAAGCUAUAACUAACUGAGAGUGUCCAAUGCAUUUCCCGGCAAACGCGAACGUUUAAAACAAAAAAAAAUAAAUAAAAAAUGAACCUUUUGGUAAUCUGA